AGUCCGGACACUUUCCCCCCCCCUUCCAGUCCGGACACUUUCCCCCCCUUCCAGUCCGGACACUUUCCCCCCCUUCCAGUCCGGACCCUUUCCCCCCCUUCCAUUCCGGACACUUUCCCCCCCCCUUCCAGUCCGGACACUUUCCCCCCCCCUUCCAGUCCGGACACUUUCGCCCCCUUCCAGUCCGGACACUUUCACCCCCUUCCAGUCCGGACACUUUCCCCCCCUUCCAGUCCGGACACUUUCCCCCCCCUUCCAGUCCGGACACUUUCACCCCCUUCCUCUCCGGACACUUUCCCCCCCUUCCAGUCCGGACAC